GUCUGGCGCUGGACCUCCGGACGAGGCUCCACGGGCAGCACCUGGUCCAGUCCGUGGUUCUGAAGGCGGUGCAGGGCUUCCUCAGCAGCCCCGAGUCCAACAAGCCGCUCACGCUCUCCUUCCACGGCUGGUCCGGCACCGGGAAGAACUACGUGGCCCGGAUCAUCGCCGACAACCUGUACCGAGACGGAGUGAAGAGCGAGUGCGUCCGUCUCUUCAUCGCCCCGUUCCACUUCCCCCACGCACGACUGGUGGACACUUACAAG